AUGAGUUCGUGUAACGGAUGUCACCGCAUCGUCAGCGUUACGGAGAAAAUUACUUGUUCAGCGUGCUCGAAUGUUUAUCACUACGCAUGCGUGAGUUAUUCAAAGGAAAACUAUAAUAAACUUUCUAACAAGACAAAAAGUGCAUGGAAAUGUCCCGAGUGUAAGUUACCACGAUCAAAAGGCGAUAACAGCAAUACUCCUGUUAAAGAGGACGCGGCAGUCGUCGAUGAACCCCUCCAGUUAGAUUCAUUGGAUUCUCGAUUUAAACAGCUCGAGUCUUCUAUUGUAUCAAGACUGCAGAAUUUUUUCCACUCCAAAAUCGAGGCGUUGCACAACGACGUUAAGUCUAUCCCAGAACUGGUAAAGUCCAUAGAAUUUUUGUCCGGAGCUUACGACGAGAUGAAGUCGGAGAUGUCAAGACUGAAGACUGAAACAUCUGUGCUCCGUGAUCAGAAUACCAGGCUCAGUGAAAACGUCAAGGAACUAAGUCAUAAAUUGGCAGUAAUCGAACAGCAGGCCCGUGAAUGCAACCUCGAGAUUCAGUGUUUGCCGGAAAACCCAAAGGAAAAUCUUUUGAGUACGGUCUUGCAACUAGGUAAAGUAUCAUCUUGCCCAUUAGAAGAAAAGGACAUAUUAUCAUGCACUAGAGUUGCUAGGUUGAACCCUAAGUCAACAAGGCCCAAAUCCGUCAUUGUUAAGCUGCCGUCGACCCGUGUACGAGACAACUUGCUUGCUGCUUGUUUAAAUUACAAUAAAUCCCACCCUAAGGAAAAAUUACACAGUUCUUUGCUGGGCUAUGGAGGAGACAGAAAGCAGAUCUAUGUGUGUGAACACCUAUCUCCAAGCAACAGAUCCCUACAUGCCCAGGCUCGUCAAUUCAGAAAGGACAACGAUUACAAAUAUCUUUGGGUCCGCAAUGGCCGCAUAUUGAUGAGAAAGGACGACCAAUCUCCCGUACUGUGGGUUCGCGACACCGAGGCACUACAGGCGCUGUUAAAAUAG